UUCCCAAUGCGCCCACAUCGCUCACACCGCACACGCAGAAACCACCGCCUGCUGCUCUCGUUUUGGUGGCUCUGCCCUCCCCGUGCGAGCGAAGAAGCCAUGAAGCUGGAGGUCACGCCCAAGCAGAGGGCCCUGGAGGUGGAGCAGAGGGAGGAGGCCAUGGAGAUGAGCGGCCUGGAGCUGUGGAAGCACGAGAAGCCCCCCAAGAUCUGCCGCAUGCCGCCGCCGCCGCCGGAGUGCGACGAGGCGGCGCUCGUGCCGCCGCUCAACUUCGCCAUGGUCGACGACGGCAUCUUCCGCUCCGGCUUCCCGGAGACCGCCAACUUCCGGUUCCUCAAGUCCCUCAACCUCCGCUCCAUCGUGUACCUGUGCCCGGAGCCGUACCCGGAGACGAACACGGAAUUUCUUGAGAAGAGCGGGAUCAGGCUCUACCAGUUCGGAAUCGAGGGGCGCAAGGAACCAUUCGUCAACAUCCCCGAUGACAAAAUUCGAGAGGCGCUCAAAGUUGUCCUAGACCCAAGAAAUCAACCUCUGCUUAUUCACUGCAAGAGAGGCAAGCACCGAACUGGCUGCGUCGUCGGAUGCUUGAGGAAGCUCCAGAAAUGGUGCUUAUCUUCAGUCUUCGACGAGUACCAUCGCUUCGCUGCUGCUAAAGCGAGGAUUACUGACCAGAGAUUCAUGGAGCUGUUCGACGUCUCCAGCUUGAAGCAUCUGACACCUUCACAUUGUUAACCAAGGCACGCGAUCGCUCGAUCCUCCCAAGUCCAGUACAUCUCCCAGCCUAUCUCCCUGCGGCCACUGAACCGAUUCAGCAAUGAAUAAUUUUGGAAACCGGUAGAAUCCAUGAGGUAGUGAUGAGACCAUGCAGAAAAAUUGUGUUCGAGAGGUUUAGUUUCCCCUGCUUAGCGCACUGCGGAGCCUAAGAACCGAACAGUUGUGGUAGGAUUGCGAGAGGUUCUCUUUUUUGGUAACUCUUGCGAGGAAUUCACCAUUGUUUUCGGGUACUGAAGAUGUACUCGGGCAGCAUUGCUCGGUGGGAACCAACUUUUCUCAGAAUGCGAAAAGCUUGGCUCUUCUGUUUUUUGAAAAGAACUGGCAGGACAACUGCCAACUAUAUUAAUAAUAAGAAAAAUCUGACAGGCUGA